GGACGGCACGAGAACUCGGUCUCCCCGGGUCUUCGCGUCACGAGCGCACGGCGGCGGGGAGAUAAAAUCCCCCGCGAGCUCCUGCCAACGUCCAUACGUGACGUGAACCCCAGAGUCCUCCUCAGCGCGUGCAGCAGCCAGCGGGGUCUGCGUGACAAAGAUGUGGCGAAGCUGCGCGUUACUCGUUUUGCUCGCCGUCGCGAGUUGCCGUGCGGAGGUGAGGAGUAAGAGCAAGGUGUGUGCAAAUGUGUUCUGUGGAGCAGGAAGAGAGUGUGCAGUGGCAGAGAAAGGAGAACCCACUUGCCUGUGUAUGGAGCAAUGUAAACCUCAUAAGCGUUCAGUGUGUGGUAGCAAUGGGAAGACCUACCGUAACCAUUGUGAACUUCACCGCGAUGCCUGCCUGACUGGACUCAAGAUACAGGUGGCUUACAAUGGACCCUGUGAAGAGAGGAGGUCAUACGAGGCCGCGGCCAGCCCAAUUGUGUGUUACCUGGACGACCGCAACGAGCUGCGCAGACGUCUGAUCGAGUGGCUGCAGACCGAGGUCACGCCAAACGGCUGGUUCAUCAAGGGUUCCAACUUCUCCAACGUCCUGCUCAAGUACUUCCAGAGCUACGACAAUGGAGACGGGCAACUGGACUCCACAGAGCUUCUCAGGCUGGUCCAGCACAACGAUACAGCCAUCAAUAUCUCCUCCUCUGCAGACAGGGAGAAUGACCAGCUGCUGAGGAGUCUCUGUGUGGAUGCCCUCAUUGACCUCUCCGAUGAGAAUGCUGACUGGAAGCUGGAUUUUGAUGAGUUCCUCAGCUGCCUCAAGCCUGGCUUUAACCCUCCAGAGAAGAAGUGUGCUCUGGAGGACGAGACGUACGAGGAUGGAGCAGAGACGCAGAUGAACUGCAACCGUUGCGUGUGCGCCUGCGGGAACUGGGUCUGCACCGCCGUCGCCUGCGACGGUUCAGAGAAGCUGUCUGCUCUGGAGGAGGCAGAAGAUGCAGACCGGGAGACGACAGAAGAGGAGUGGACGCGCAGAGUGGCAGAGCUGAACAAACAUCAGGAGACUGUAGAGAAGAUAAAAGGGAGCACCAAAGAGGUUUAAGGAAGGAGGAUGACAGCGCAUGGAUCCAGCUUACUGCUUCUCCUCAGUCUACAGUGGUACUGGAUUCGUACUGACAGUCAUGAUGAGACGUUCUUUCCUCACGUCGUCUUAUAUAUCACUGUGUUAAUCCUUCUCAUUUUAUGUGAGUGUUGUUUGGGUGGAUGGUUUUAAUGUUGAGACUGUGACGGACAUGCUCUCUGUUCACUUUGACAUGGUUUUACGGUUUUAAGUGUGAGCUUCAGAAUGAAUGGGAAGUUAUCAGAACGCGCGGUUGGGCUGACGAACUGGUGGACAUCAAACAUCUCUUGGUGCAGAUACAGGAAACAAAAUCAUAAUACAUGGAAAACAAGAGCAAACCUACAGCCAUUAUCAAGAUAUCGUUGUUCCUAAUCUGAGACGGUCAGUAUGUACAGUGUCAGAUAUGUGUUAAGAUAUUUAUCGGGUCACUCUUUAUGGUAUAUUGCCCUCUUGCAAUAAAACUCACUGACUCUUGUUA